AACACAUCAAUAUGGAGGCAGAGAAAGGCGUGUGUGUGACUUGUUUAUGAGUUGUGAAUUGUUUAUGUGUAUUUAGAUGAUUAAUUUAAGAGUAGUAAAACUGAACACUUUGUUUAGAUCAGCUCGAGAUUUGUCUCAUGGAAAUGUUCCGUGGAAGGUUUGGAAGUAAAGCAGUCUAUGUUUAUUUUCUUUUUAGACUACUGCAAAGAAAGUGAAGAGUGCAUUUUGUGCAAAGUGUAGUGCAUGACCAGACAGCACCGUUUACGUCCCACUUCAUUUGAAAGUACACCAUAAGUGCUCUGGCUGCAUUGACAGGGAAGUCAUGGUCAAAGCUGCAGGAAAUUUUCGGAAGAAGAGCAACGCGAAUUCAACUUUUUGUCUUCCUGCUCGAGACCUUUUGCGUGGUUGUUAGUUAAAUCGGACUGAAUUCAGCAUCACGAUCAAUGCACGCCAGGCCGGCUCAGUGAGGACUAUUGCAUCAGUCUGAGUUCAGCUUCAGAGGGGUCAGAUUCAUUGGGAUCGGUUGAGUUUUCCCGUCACAAUGCUGCUGUCUCUGGUCGUGCACUCGUACUCGUUGCGCUACUGGCUUCCAGCGGCGGUCAUGCUGGGCACCGCGCCCGCUUACCUGCUGUCCUGGAGCGCCUGCCGCCUGCUGUCCUCUGUGCUGCCGGCCAGACUCUAUCACACUGUGGAUGACCGUGUGUACUCGGUGUAUCAGAGUAUGGUCCUGUUCUUCUUCGAGAAUUACACGGGCGUGGAGAUUGUCAUUUAUGGGGACAUACCAAAGAAGAAGGAGAACGUGGUAUACCUGUCUAACCAUCAGUCAACCGCUGAUUGGAUAAUCGCUGACAUGUUAGCCAUCCGUCAAAAUGCACUUGGACAUGUAAGGUACGUCCUGAAGGACGGGCUGAAGUGGCUUCCACUGUACGGAUGGUAUUUCGCACAGCAUGGAGGAGUUUAUGUGAAGAGAAGUGCCAAAUUUGAUGAGAAAGCCAUGAAGAAGAAACUUUUAUCUCAGGCCAAACUGGGCAUACCUAUGUAUCUUGUCAUCUUCCCAGAGGGAACCCGCUACAACCCAGAACUCAAGAAAGUGAUCGAGGACAGUCAGGCUUUUGCGACUAAAGAAGGACUUGCAGUGCUGAAGCACAUUCUAACGCCAAGAAUGAAAGCAUCACAUGUUGCCAUAGAGACUAUGAAGGAUCACCUGGAUGCUGUCUAUGACAUCACAGUUGCAUACGAGGGAACUCUCACAGCAGAUGGCCAAAGACGUUCAGCUCCUACAAUGCCAGAGUUCCUGUGUAAGGAAUGCCCGAAGGUGCACAUCUACUUCCAGCGUGUGGAUAUGAGAGAAAUUCCUCAAGAGCCUUUGUUCUUCCGCAGGUGGCUUCAUGAACGAUUCGAAAUCAAGGACAAGCUUCUGAAAACUUUCUACGAGGCAGAAGACCCUGAGAAAAAGUGCAGGUUCCCUGGAGAAGGUCGAAGGUCAUCUCUUAGUCUCACAAAGACAUUACCUUCACUACUGAUUUUAGGUGGCCUUACAUUACCCAUGCUGUUAACAGAGUCUGGUAGAAAGCUGUAUUUUAAUACCUGGCUUUAUGGGACUCUGAUUGGAUGGGUGUGGGUCCACUUAAGUCCAUAAUCCAGCCAUAUGGGGAAAAGAAACGUCCAUCCUGACUGCUCAUAUCAGCACUGAGAGACUUUUAUAGGUUUCGUCGUUGGAUCGGAUUCCUCGUUUUUCCAACAUUGUUUCCAUCUUUUGGCUCAUAGUGUAUUACUAACCAAAAGGCUUCCGGACUGCCCGUCCUCAUCAUUUGAGUUAUUUUACACAACUAUCUUUUUGUCGCAUCUGGUUAGGACAGAAAUACAAAACACAGAGGGAACAUUUUAGAAAGGUUUUGUAUUAAGGUCGGGUAAAUGCAUUAGCAGUCUCGAACUUUUAUUCAGUGUACCAGUCGUAUACAUUUCCAGGUAUACGUGAUUGUUGAGGUUGUUGAUGACUUGUGAGGUUUUGAAAACUGAUGAUUGAUGAAUGAUUUUUAAUGACCGUUUUUUUUCCAGGGUCUGUUUGUAUCCUUUUCUAAUGUUCUUGAGAAUUUUGGGAGUAUUUUAUUAAUUUGUAAUGAUUUGGAGUGUAUGUUACGAUGGAGAUUUUUGUUGGCUAUGCAUGGGGGUUUCACGUUAAUUAUCUUUUUUUUUUAUUUGAUUUGAUGCCAAGAUGUACAAGGUCCAUCAGCUAUGGGAUUUUUAUUGUGAGUGUUUGCACUAUUGCAAAAUAAUUCACAGAUUGUUGCCAAAUUUGCGGGGUUUUAAAGGAUUUCUCAAAAGUCUGUUAUUAUUUAAGGCCCAGGUAUACUUCGAUACAUACUCUUCUGUCCACGAACGAAUGCAAACGCUUUCGACGCAGGCGUACUAUAACUGCUUUCUGAUACUCAUUUAUUAGAGUCAACAACAGGUGCAUGCAGCGACAAUGUGCACAGACUAGACUAUCCUGGGGAAAAAAAUGACCACGCUGAUGGCUGUGCUGAUGACGAAAUUUUUAUCACGUAUACUGUGCACAUUCCGAUCAGCAACGUGGACAACCGAAGUAUACUUUGGCCUUUACUCUCCCGCUUGUUGUUCCAAAACUAUCUGAGGUUACUUUUUCAGUAGAACACGAAAUUUAAAGAAAAUUUACACAGCUGUUGUGCAUAUACUGACAGUUAAUUUUGACCACAGCUGUAAAGCUCCAAGAAGAACAAAAAAGCACCAUAAAAGUAGUCCAAACGCCGUCGUUCCAUGGAGAAAAAAAAUAAAACAGCAUAUGUGUUUGGAAGGACAUGAGGGUGAGUAAAUAUGACAGAAUUUUGACUUUGAGGAAGGGCUGCAACUAACGAUUAUUUUGAUAAUUGAUUAAUCUAACGAUUAUUAAAAUGAUUAUUCGACUAUUUGGCGAUUAUUGCAACGAUUAAUCAUUAGCUCUUAACCGAUUAUUCAGCUUGUGCCCCAACUUUAAAGGUUGUAUUAAACGUGCUUGUUAACAAUAAAGAGGACAAAAUCAUCUUUUAAAAAUACCUCUAAAUGACAUUCACCAAAUUAAAGGAAUACUUUUUAUUACGUUUAAUUCAGUAAAGAAAUUGACUGCAAAAAAUCCUAUUGUUAUCAAGUGUUUUUGUCUUAAAAUGUUCUAAAAAUCCUUAAAAUAAGAUUCAUUUACUUGAGAAGCAACAUAUAAGAUAUUUAGACGUGCUUUAAGAGAAUGUAUCUUGUAGUGUAUUUUGUAUAUGUGUAUUUUUUUAUUUGGUUAUAGUUCUGCGUGUGCAGUAAAGACAAAAUAUACUUAUAUUCAUGAUCUAUUCUCUAAAAGCAUAGUCUAAAUAUCUUAUCUGCUGCUUCUCAGGUGAAUGCAUCUUUUUUAAAGGAUUUUUUUUUUAAAUAUUAGUAUUUUUAAUAUUAUAUUGAACAUUCUCAGAUAAAAAAAAAUAAUUCUUAUGCAGUAUAGCUGCUAAAGUAAAUGUACGUUGUUUUAAAGAGUUUUAGAUAUUUAUAUUGGAAAACAAAAACAAAUCAAAAACAUAUUUUGUUGCCGUGUAUAAUGGGGCGAAGACUACCCUCUGUCACCUUUCUGUUCACUUCAAUCCAUCUUUAACUC